CUCCUCCUCCUCGCCUCCUCCAUGUCUGCUUGCAAAGGGGCACCGAUGCCAUCCCAAGCACUCGAGGCACGUGAGGAUUUGCAGCUGUGGAAAGAGAUAGACGAUGCAUGUUCUGCCUACCUGUCCACAGAUUCUCAGCCUCAGGUGUCCAGUCCACUGGAAGAGCUUUGUUUUUUGGUCACGGGAUUUCUCCAGAAACCACAGGGUUUAGAUGAAAAAGACAACACCAAAAGGUUCUUAUUUCAUUAUUCUAAGACUCAUGACUCAGGCAACUCAGACAUCAUGUCGUCUGUCCUGCAUCCUUUGCUGCAACUUGUUCCCCAGCUUAAUGAGAGAAGACUGAAGAGAUACAAAGUGGACGAUGAACUUCAAGGACCCGGAGGGAUUCAAAGCAGAGGCUACUUUUUCUAUAGGCCACGCAAUGGAAAGAGAUCAGUGGAUUUUCGCUAAGGAGGAUUUUAGAUUCCUGACCUAGAACUAAUGCUGCAGGAAUGCUGAGUACAUGGACAUCCUGUUUUCCUUACAAAAAAUAUUUGUUACUAAUGUACAAUUAAAAAUCACUAGAAUGUAAAUGUUCUUAAACUAGAUUCUGUUAAGGAUUCAAAAGCUCCUUUACUUUCUUGAUUAUAUUAAAAGCAUAUUAAAACUGUUUGUUUCCUAGUGUUAUGAUUACAAUUGUGUGUAAUGCAACUGUAAAAAAGUCAGUGUGAGCAUGCAACAGACAUUGCCUCUAACAACACUGUUAUGUACAUUUAUUUUCCAUUAUAAAUAAAGGCACUCAGAAAGUUGUUUUAAUGA